AUGGAGAACUGCACUCCUCGACCAACUCAGGACUUGCCCGAUGGAGGAGAAGUGUCUAAGCCCGUGAGCUUUCAGGUUCACUUGAACGAUCGUGGCAAGGGCCUUGAUGGGAGUCGACCCCAGGCCCGGGAGGUUCGAGUCGAGGAAACGAUGCCAGAGGAAAGCGAGGAGGAACAGCCUGAAGAGCUGCAAAAGGCACAUUCGGCACCUUUGCCGUCCACAAAAUCCCCGCCAUCCUCGUCACCACCGCGGUCCAUGCAGCUGAAACCGCUCUCAGCGCCGAUUGCGCCUUGGGCCGAUAUUGUGGAUGACGAGGACUUUGAGCCACUGGAGGUACAAACCCUGCAGACGGAGGUAAAGGCUGACAUCGAAGAAGAUGACGAUGGACUGGGUGAAUGGGGAAGGCGCCGUAGAAGCAUGUCCCUACCCGAGAAGCCCACGAAAUCGAUUGAAGAGAAGCCAAUGGACCGGCAGGUAGCAGUGAGCGAUUCCUCGUCACCAAGCAACAACGAAUUAAGCCCAACCGAGUCCGCAGAACAGCCUUCGAACUCCACGGACAACGAUGGAGGCAACGACGAAACCAAUGGUCUCCUUCAGCGUCUCCUGGGUGUCGAUUCCGACCAACAGGAAGAAAAGAACACGCAAGUGCGCACUCCUGCUGUUGGGUUGCCUUUGGGCGCGCCCCCUUCCGCCAACAAGAGGUGGGGAGGCGACAGCGGUGACGAAAGCGAAGUACUCAUGCAGGAUAUGGACAUGGGAGCGCUGUCGCCAGGCUCCGAUGCCAUUUGGCGGACGCAGGAUUCCGACCCCUUCUACCAGCAGGUCCUGAUGGAAGCUGCUCCAAUGUGCCCGCCCAUGCAGGUGCCACAGGUGCCACAAGCACAGAUGCCUCAAGCAGCCGUUCCUCAAGGCAUGCCUCAGGCCAUACCGCACACCGGGAUGUCCCAGACAACCAUGGCAAGCAUGACCCAGCCUGCCAUGAUGUGUGAAGCCCCCCAGAUCGAGGGCCACACCUGGGCUCCCUGGCAGAACUGGAACUCAUGGACAGAGUCAGCGGACGGGACCUGGCAGUACAACGCCAUGCCCUGCGGCUGCGGUGCACCCAACGGAGCGCCCCCUGAGCCACAACCUGCUCCACAACAGAUGUGGCCACAAGAUGCAACGUGGCCGCAGCAAGGCGAGACGCAGCAAUGGCAAGAACAGCAGGAACAGCAGCAACCGACGCAGACGUGGCAAAGGGAGCCGGGCCACGAAAUCCUUAAGCAACUGGGUGUCACACCUGCUGGCCCACCAGAGCCCCCAGUACACGAAGAAAAUCUUUUCCUCCCAGAGGCGCUGUGGAACCGAACGGACAUUGUACGCGCACUCUGCUUCAAGAGGUCUCGCCGAUUUUUGAUUGGAGCUGAAUCUGACAUAAUGAGGCUGUUGAAAGCUCCGGAGGGUGCGUUGUUGAGGAUCCCUAAACUUGCUCCACUUUAUCAGCGAUUGCUGCGGGAGCUUUGCAAGCGCUUCCGCGUUCGAGAGGAGACUACACCGACGGGUGAGUUUAUCAUCCGCACGACAAAUUCAAGUUAUGCACCACUGAUGCCCUUGGCGGCCUUUGUUCCGCGAACCUGGGGCGGCAGCAAUCCGAACGCCUGGAAAGAAAGGCACCGUGAUCCUGCCGUGCUCCGUGGUAAGCACAAUGUUACUCCAUGUCCUGGUCUUUUGGUUCCUCCGUCGCAGAUCAACAUGUAUGAUGAGUUUGGGCCCGGCGCACCUGGUGACGAUUUGGGAAACCUGGGUGGCUUUGGAGCCCACCGGUGGGACAUGCGCGAAUCCGAGCAGGCACAAUGGGACAUGCCGUUGUUGGCGAAGCAAUGGCGCUUCAUCGAAUUGCCCAGCACACAAUGCAGCGCACAGGAUGACGGCAUGGUGGUGACCGUCUCCUUGAAUCUGAUGCAGGGUGGAGGUGGUUUUGGCCUUGCUCUCUGUGAGCAAGGUGGUGCCUUCCAGGAGCCACUUUCCCGCUUGCUCGACAACAUUCAUGGCGAUGGCCGUCAUGCACAGAGGCCAUCACGCCCCGCCGGAAACUUUCACGUGCUGCUGGUGCAACCAUCCCAGAGUGGACCAUCUCCAACAGGCGAACCUCGCUGGUGCCUGAAGCUGGGACAUGGUGAGCAGGCAGUUCAAGGAGAGUAUGCUGAUUGCCGCACAGUGGCAUGGCAAGAUGAGGGCCGCAUCGUCACCAAUUCUGGCAAGCAUUCGGCCACAUUCUGGCUGGCAACAUACGCAGGAGGAAGUAUUCAAGGUUUGGACGAUGGUGGGAUGCUGGUGGAAGCUGGUAUCGGCCGCUUCCCAUGGGGCAAGAUCUUCCGUGCGCGGGUGCAACGCAGUGGCGUCUUGCGCAAGGUGGCGGUUGGAGCUUUGGGCCGCAGUCAAGGCACACACCUCUCAGCCGUGAGCCUGGAGUCAAGCGUAUGCCCAGAUUUGGCUUCGCGCGAACAUGUGGUGAAGCUGUUCCGCAAUGGAAAGAAGGGAGGCGCAGCUGAACGCUCUCCUUGGUGGCUGCAACCCGGCAAGCAUGGCUUGGUGGCCCUUUUCGACAGCCUGGCAAUUUGCGAGAGUGCUGAUGCUGCCCUGCGGCUGCAACGCGCGGCGGAAGAGUGCUCCAAUGGGGCAUGGCAGGCGAAGACCCUUGCGGGUGCCUCCAUCGAGGAGGCGGUCGGAGGCCAGUACGGCAACUGCGGCUUGCAGAGGGAACAGCGUGCCAUGGCAUUGCUCGGCUUGGGCCGUCAAUCUGCCAUCGAUUUGGCUUUGGACGAGUGGGCUGCGGUCGCCGAGGAGUCCAAAAAGGCGCUGCUGCCGGAACCACCCAGCAUGGCGCCUCCGCCGCCGCCAAGUGCUGUACCACCACCGCCGCCUGCAAGUCAGCAGCCCCACUGGCCAACUCCCACCCCACCACCUCCGCCCCCUAUCAGCCGCCUGUCGGCCGAUGCCCCUAUCUUCACCCCGGGUGGCCAGAUGGAGCCCGAGAAGCCAGCGUUGUCCUGCAGCGCCCUGCCCUUCAUUCCCAGUGAAUCCACACGUGCCAUGGCGGAAAUGGCCUCCAACAUGAAUGCCUCAGCUGAAGAGUUCAUGCCCACGCUGAUGAAUCAGGUGGACAAGAGCUGGGAGGAGGAAGCUUGGAAAGAACCCUGGAAACCUGAAGUUCAAACCUGGAAUGACCGCAAGUGGGCGCAGCAUGAGACUCACCGCUAUGACGAGGGAGAGUACAUGAAGGGCGACCCCAAAGGCAAGGGUUGGGGCAAGGGCAAGGGCAGGAUGAACAACGGUAAGGGCCAAAACUGGAAUACCAACAACAACACCACCUGGAAAGGCUCCAACAAUCGUGGGAUGUCAGGUGCCCAGUACGGCCAGCAUGGCCAGCACGGCCAGCACAACACCCAGCAUAACACCCAGCACAACAGCCAGCACAACGGGCACCGGCGCCCGAACGAAUGGAACGACUGGGAGGAACAUUGGGAUGACUGGGUGGAGAAGGAAUGGUCAGAUGAAGCUUGGCGUUCCCAAUGGCGUGGAGCAGAGCCCAACAAACCCAACAAGUGGGCUCAGGACCCUGAGCUGCGGAAAACAUCACCAGAGCCCCCACAACCAUGGUUUGGUAUUGGAUCUCGGGGUUCAAAAAUAAUGUGUGUUCGUCCAACAAUUUCGGAUUUACACCGCAAAUUUCAAUGGCUAUCAAUGGCUAUUUUAAUGGUGAACAUGUGGUUUGAAUCCAUGGGACGUGUUUUUUCUCCACAACUUUGUCAUAUACCAAACCAUGACAGACUGUGA